AUGUCUGCUUCUACCGCCCCUGCUGUCGACCAGCUCGCUGCCGAUUUGAACAAUACGUCCUUGAAUGGAGGUGAUUCUAACGGCGCCCCUGCCAUCAACACUGAUGUCUCAAACCUCUCCAACGAGGACCCUGAUACGGCUGGACCUACCCCAAGCUCCGCCGUUCCUCACCCACAAGCUUCCGCAUCCCUUUAUGUCGGUGAGCUCGACCCAUCCGUCACUGAAGCCAUGCUUUUCGAGCUCUUCUCUCAGAUCGGUUCCGUCGCUUCUAUUCGUGUCUGCCGUGACGCUGUCACCCGUCGCUCCCUCGGAUAUGCCUAUGUCAACUACAACACCACCACUGAUGGCGAGAAGGCUUUGGAGGAGCUUAACUACACCUUGAUCAAAGGCCGUCCUUGUCGUAUUAUGUGGUCUCAGCGUGACCCAGCGCUCCGAAAGACUGGUCAGGGCAAUGUCUUCAUCAAGAACUUGGACACUGCCAUUGACAACAAGGCUCUUCACGAUACCUUUGCUGCUUUCGGAAACAUCUUGAGUUGCAAGGUCGCUCAAGACGAAUCUGGUGCCUCCAAGGGAUACGGAUUCGUUCACUACGAGACCGACGAAGCUGCGAGCCAGGCUAUCAAGCACGUCAACGGCAUGUUGUUGAACGAGAAGAAGGUUUUCGUCGGUCACCACAUUCCAAAGAAGGACCGCCAAAGCAAGUUCGAAGAGAUGAAGGCCAACUUCACCAACAUCUACGUUAAGAACAUUCCAGUCGAGGCCACGGACGAGGAAUUCCGUGAGCUCUUCGAGAAGUUUGGAGAUGUCACUUCCGCAUCGCUUGCUCGAGACCAGGACACUGGAAAGAGCCGUGGAUUUGGUUUCGUUAACUUCAUCAACCACGAGCACGCCGCUACUGCUGUGGACGAGCUCAACGGCAAGGAUUUCAAGGGUCAGGAUCUUUACGUUGGUCGUGCACAAAAGAAACAUGAGCGUGAGGAGGAAUUGAGAAAAUCAUACGAGGCAGCACGAAUCGAGAAGGCAUCCAAGUACCAGGGUGUCAAUCUUUACGUUAAGAACUUGGAUGAUGAUGUUGAUGACGAGAAGCUCCGCGAACUCUUCACUCCUUUCGGUGCCAUUACAUCUGCUAAGGUCAUGCGUGAUUCUGCUGCUGAGACUGCCGAGGCUGAGAAAAAGGAGGAGGAGAAGAACAAGGAGAACAAGAAGGAGGGAGACGCCGAAGAAGGUGAGAAGGCUGAUGGCGAGAAGAAGGAGGCACCAAAGUCAGAGAAGAGAACCGUUGGUAAGAGCAAGGGUUUUGGCUUCGUCUGCUUCAGCAACCCCGACGAGGCUACCAAGGCUAUUGCCGAUAUGAAUCAGAACAUGGUCAACGGCAAGCCACUCUACGUUGCUCUUGCUCAACGUAAAGAUGUCCGCAAAGGUCAACUCGAGGCCAGCAUUCAGGCACGCAACCAAAUCCGUAUGCAGCAAGCCGCUGCACAAGCCGGUAUGCCACCACAGUACAUGCAAGCACCCAUGUUCUACCCACCAGGACAACAGCCAGGUUUCAUGCCAGCAGCUGGUGGACGCGGUAUGCCAUAUCCUCCACAGGCUGGUAUGCCAAUGCCUGCUCAAGGAGGCCGUCCUGCUCAGUUCCCAGGCGGUUUCCCACCACAAGGUGGUCGAGGUGGACCUCAACAAAUGCCACCAAACAUGUAUGGUAUUCCAGGCCAAUUUCCACCAGGUCAAUUCCCUCAACAGAACAACCCACAAUACAUCGCCGCCAUGCAACAAGCUGCACACGCUGCUUCUCUGCAAGCCGGUGGUGGCCGAGGUGGUCCAGCUAGACCAAUGCAAGGUAUGCCAGGCAUGCCUCCAAACAUGGCUGGUCUUCCAGGUGGUCAACAGGGCAUGCAAGGUGUUCCUCAGGGUGGCCGUCAAGGUGGUAUGGGUGGACGUGCUCCACAAAAUGCUCGUGCUGGUCAAUUCCCCGGCGGCUUCCCACCACAAAAUGCUCGUGGUAUGCCACCUCAAGGUCCUGGCAUGCCUCAGGCUGGAUCCGAGGGUGGUGCUAGCGUUCUGCAAGCUCAACUUGCGGCUGCUGGUCCUGGACAACAGAAGCAAGUUCUUGGAGAAGCUUUGUUCCCAAAGAUUCAAGCCAUGCAACCUGAACUCGCUGGUAAGAUUACUGGUAUGUUGUUGGAGAUGGAGAACCCUGAGCUGGUCAACCUCAUUGAGGACGAGUCUGCUCUUCGCAACAAGGUCGACGAGGCUCUGACUGUUUAUGACGAAUAUGUUAAAAACAAUAAGGAGGGCGGAGAAGCUGAGGGUGGUGACGCAAAGGAGGGUGAGAAGGUUGAGGAGAAGGCUUAA